GCUCCGGGCUCUGCACCCCCACGGCCACCCCCGCGGCGGCAGCAGCCCCCCCGCCUGGCCGCUUGCCGGAGCCGGGAGCGGCAGGAUCUCGCCGGCAGAAGCCCGACCCUUCUGGCAGAAAUGGAAAACCCUGAAGUGGCCGUGAGCAGCUGUAGUGCUCAUGAUGAUGAAAAUCUUGGCAGCUACAACAGACACCUGUCAGUGUCACAGGAGUGCCUUUUGGAAGACCAGCUUAGAAGGAAGUUAAAAUUCUUCUUUAUGAAUCCAUGUGAGAAAUUCUGGGCCCGGGGCAGAAAACCUUGGAAACUUGGUAUUCAGCUACUCAAAAUAGCAAUGGUUACUAUUCAGCUGGUGGUUUUUGGAUUGAGCAAUCAAAUGGUGGUUGCCUUCAAAGAAGAGAACACAGUUGCAUUUAAACAUCUCUUCUUGAAAGGAUACAUGGACAGAAUGGAUGAUACCUAUGCUGUGUACACCCAGACAGAUGUCUAUGACCAGAUAUUCUUUGCCAUAAACCAGUACUUACAGCUGCCCAACAUUUCUGUUGGAAACCACGCUUAUGAGAAGAAGGGAGCAGAAGAGACAGCUUUGGCUUUGUGUCAGCAGUUCUACAAGCAAGGAAUCAUCUGUCCUGGAAAUGACACCUUUGAUAUAGACCCAGAGAUUGUGACUGACUGCUUGUACAUUGAGCCGAUGACGCCGUUCGACAACGCAACGGUGGGAAAGCACAAUUUGAAUUUCACUCUGGAUUUCCACAGACUGGUGACAGUGCAGCUCACGUUCAAGCUGAAGGCAAUCAACCUCCAGACUGUCCGUCACCACGAGCUCCCUGACUGUUACGAUUUCACCCUGACGAUAGUGUUUGAUAAUAAAGCACAUAGUGGAAGAAUUAAAAUAAGUCUAGACAACGACAUAGCAAUCAGGGAAUGUAAAGACUGGCAUGUUUCUGGAUCAAUACAGAAGAACACUCACUACAUGAUGAUCUUUGAUGCUUUUGUUAUAUUGACUUGUCUGGCCUCAUUGAUCCUUUGCACACGAUCAGUUGUUAAAGGAAUUCAACUCCAAAGGGAAUUUGUAAGAUUUUUCCUUUAUUAUUAUAAGAAAGAAGUAUCUUUCAGUGAUCAGAUGGAAUUUGUUAAUGGAUGGUACAUCCUGAUUAUGGUUAGUGAUGUCUUAACUAUUGUUGGAUCAACUCUAAAGAUGGAGAUACAAGCCAAGAGUCUGACAAGUUAUGAUGUCUGUAGCAUACUCCUGGGAACAUCCACUAUGCUUGUGUGGCUCGGAGUCAUUCGCUACCUAGGUUUCUUUCAGAAGUAUAAUCUUCUCAUCCUAACACUGCGAGCAGCACUACCCAAUGUAAUGCGGUUCUGCUGUUGUGCUGCUAUGAUCUACCUGGGCUACUGUUUCUGUGGAUGGAUUGUACUGGGACCAUACCAUGUGAAGUUUCGCUCUCUGAACAUGGUUUCCGAAUGCCUUUUUUCGUUGAUCAAUGGAGAUGACAUGUUUGCCACCUUUGCAAAAAUGCAGCAGAAAAGUUACUUGGUUUGGUUAUUCAGUAGGAUCUACCUUUACUCCUUCAUUAGUCUGUUCAUCUAUAUGGUGCUGAGUCUCUUCAUUGCACUCAUUACUGAUACCUAUGAAACUGUCAAGCACUACCAGCAAGAUGGCUUUCCGGAGACAGAACUUCAGAGAUUUAUAUCACAGUGCAAAGACUUACCAAACUCUGGCAGGUACAGGUUAGAGGAGGAGAGUUCUGCAUCUCUCUUCUGUUGUUGUAAUGGUUGUAGUGAACGUAUUUAAUGGAUUUUGGAGGCAUAUCAUGGAGGUUUUAAAGCAGCAGACAUUGCAAGAACUGGACAAGUGGAGCUGGUGGAAAAUGU